UCCUAAACCUGAUCACCACAAUUUAGUUAACAUGGAAACCUCAUGAGCCUUUUCAGAAAAUGUGCAAGAGGUUGUUUACCAAGUUUGCUUCUGAGAAAUCCCCAGCUACGAAGCAAAGGAUAGUUAUAUAAGAAUGAAAGUGAAAUCAAGCUGUUUACAUCAGAUAUCGGGAGGAAUAUAUUAGAGUUAAUUACAAGACAGCAGAAGCAAGCAAAGUUUAAACUGGCUCACCUCAACCAGGAACUCAAGCAUUUAAGACUUUUAGUUCACACUCUGGAUUUUCUUGCUGGUUUGGCACCAUGACUGUGAUAAUAACAGAAUGACAGUUGGAAGAAACUUCAGAGAUCAUGUAGACCAGUUCCUACCCAAAGCAAGAAUGCCAUCUAUAUGUGAUCAUUGGUCUUGCCAUCUCCACUUGGAAAAACUCGAGUUCUCAGCAAAGUCACUCCACAGAAAGGCUGAAGAAGGGAUCAAGAUGGUCACCCUUAAAUCAAAAGGCUGUAGGUUCUUCCUGUCCCUGAGCAUUGCUACCCUCAUUACUACAGUGAUUUCCCUGCUACUCUAUGCCCUGCUCUGGAAGUCUGGCAACCUCAUUGAUCUACCCACCAUGAAAAUUGGCUUCUACAACUUCUGCUUGUGGAAUGAGAGCUCCCAUUCUCUCCUGUGCCAUCAAUUCCCCGAGCUACAAGAGCUGGGGGUGUCCCAGGCUGGAAUUGCCUUGGCGAGAUUUGGUGUCUAUGGGGCCUUUGUCCUUGCUCUCUUUGCCUCCCUGCCACUCAUACUGGCCUGGUGCUAUGGUAACGAAGAUAGGUGGAAUCUGACAGUGGUGCUCCUGGGAGCUUCAGCAGGACUGCUGCUUGGCGGACUUUUGCUCUUCCUCUUCUACACCUCUCAAUGGAUCCAACCCUCAAAGCUGGGUGCUGAGUUUCUAUCCCUGAUUGGAGCAGAAUUCAUGCUACUACUUCUGCUUUUUAUCAUUGUCAAGUACCCCUUUGGUUAUGAGAGCAGCAUGCCUGAGCCCCAGGGAAUGAAGACCUACAUCUACAGAGAGAGCAGCUGUACACCCAUAAGCUCACUCAGAAUAGAUAGAAACCCAGAGUUUCCCAAUGAUCGGUGGAGAUGUGAGAGAGACAUCCCCGUCUAUUUGCCCUUUUCCCCUAAGGAAAGCUGGAGUGGGUAAAACUCAACAAACUCUUCUCCACAUCUAUCUCUUCGGUCUUUUCUUCCUUUUACCAUAGAAAAAUAGAUGUGGGAAGAUCUUUUUGUUGUUCCAUCAUUUUUCAGUCACGUCUGACUCUUUGUGACCCCCAUCUGGGGUUUUCUUGACAAAGAUACUGGUUUGCCAUUUCCUUCUCCAGCUCAUUUUACAGAUGAGGAGACUAAGGCAUGCAGGGUUAAGUGACUUGUCCAGGGUCACACAGCCAGUAAGUGUCUGAGACAGGAUUUGAACUCAGGAAGAUGAGUCUUCUGAUUCCAGGCCCAGUGCUCUAUCCACUGCCCCCAGGAAAACCUUAGAUCCUAUAAAAUUUUGCUCUGAAAGGGUUGCAAUAUGGGAGCAGGAAGACAGGGAAGGCACUUAGACCUUGGACCUUUACAAUAAGACAAAGAAGACAGGCAAGGAAUUUGAAGGGCAAAUCACAUUUAGGGAUGAAAGAAGAAAGUGAAGUUUGCCAUGAUCCUUGACCACAUGUUGAGAAUGUGGGCAUACUUAUCCACCUACGGCUCCAAUUGGAGACAAUCCUAUUUCUCUCAGUGGAAAGGAUAGAAGCAUGAUAGCAUCUAUACAUUAGUGCUCUAUUCUAUGCUUUACUAAGUAUCAUUCACCUGGCUUUUAAAGCCUGGGGGCAAGUGGGCUACUCAUUUUGCAUUAGGAAAACAAUAUGGAAUGAUCUCUUAUGCCACUCGUGCAAAUUUCCUUUUCAUUUUAUCCUGUGCUUCCCCUACCAUAACCUAUGCCCACACACCACAUCCAGAGAUGCCCAGUGGUUCUGAUGGUGAUAUGCCAAAGAAUGAAGACUUAGAAAGAUCCCUAAAAUGAUUGUUUCUUCCUCAGGCAUACAAGAAAAGGUCACAUUUCUAUAAGUGAAGGGUUUGAGGGUACUUUCUUCUUUAUUCUUUCUUGGGGAGAGAAAGAAGGCUUUGGGAAGCAACAGAAGACGGCACUUCAACAUAACCCUGAUUUCCAGAUUACCCCCACAGGAAUUUUCCUUGAAUAAGACUGGGGUCUUUCUCUUGGUUGAGCUGAGAUAUCUGGUUGGGGGAGGGGGGGAAGAGUUCAAUUACUCUAUGAAUUUUGUGGUAUAUCCUAAUCUGUGUAACUUCUCCAAUUUCUAUUUAGUUUCUGCUUGUUAUUCACUAUUUGUGAUAGUGUGAAAUUAGCAUUUGGCAGGAAAGAAUCUAUAGGCCUAAGUUUGGGGUACUCUCCCAUUUUAAGAGAUAAUGGUAAAAAAAAGAGAUAAUGGUCAGGAAAACAUCUUGAAACCCCUAAAGGUUGUGCUCCUAGGUCACCAAUAUUUAGAGGGUCAUGUAUAACUCUGUAUAUCUAUUCUGUGUAUGUACCUUGAAGAUAUUGCAGGUUUGGUUCAAGAUCACCAUAAUAAAGCAAA